CUGAUCCUACAGCUAUUUGAUCGUUCUAAAAUUCCAUCUUAUUACAUAAUUUCAUUUACACUAAAUAUAUCAACUUUACGUGUAUACACUCAUUUAUGUUAUACAUAUUUUAUCAAUAUGACUACCGGUUCUUCCCUGAGAAAGAUGCACAUCGCUCAGAUCAUUCUGUGCAUACUUGUAUUUAAAAGUACAGUGGAAGGAUACGUGAACGAGGACUUGGUCAAAAAGGGUCUAGACCAAAACACUAUCAACCAAGUGUUCAGGAUCGUUGAGCAAAUAGGUGAUUAUUCGGAGACAGUUCCAAACCUGUUUAGAGUUGUCAGGAAAAACCUAGAAGAUUUAGAACGGGAAAUAAAAGUGAAAACCUUGCUGCCUGCGAAAGAUAAGUUGGAAGCUUUCAGAGCAAUAAGUGAGCCUAUCAACAGAUUCCUCAGGCAAUCUCCAAAAGAAUAUUACAUACAUAACCCUCCGAGAGGAACUGCCUACAAGGUCCAACUGAACAUUGCCAAGGAAGUCGUUAGGAAUGUCUACAGGGAACUCCAGACGCUCUGGCUUUCAAAUGUCUAA